AUGGCCGCCUGGGCGGCGCUCCUGGCCGUCGUCCUGGCGCUGUCGUGCGCGCGGGAGCGGCGGCUCCUGGUGGCCGACGCGGCCGUGGGGGUCAACUGGGGCACCCUGUCGUCGCACCGCGCGCCGCCGGCGGUGGUGGUGGACCUCCUGCGCGCGAACCGGAUCGGGAAGGUCAAGCUCUUCGACGCCGACGCCGGCGUGCUGCGCGCGCUCGCGCGCAGCGGCAUCGAGGUCAUGGUCGGCCUCACCAACGGCGAGCUCGCCGGCAUCGCGGGGUCACCGGCGGCCGCCGACGCCUGGGUCGCGCAGAACGUCUCGCGCUACGUCGGCCGCGGCGGCGGUGUCGACAUCCGGUAUAUUGCUGUGGGAAAUGAGCCAUUUCUGACAAGCUACCAGGGUCAAUUUCUGUCAUACGUUAUUCCAGCAAUGACAAACAUUCAGCAAUCACUGGUGAAGGCUAAUCUUGCUAGCUACGUGAAACUAGUAGUCCCGUGCAACGCCGACGCAUAUGAGGGUGCCGUUCCGUCGCAAGGAGUGUUCAGGACUGAAUUGACCCAGAUAAUGACCCAGCUCGCCGCUUAUCUCAGUUCAAAUGGAGCUCCGUUCGUGGUCAAUAUCUACCCAUUCCUCAGUCUUUACCAGAAUUCCGACUUCCCAGAAGAUUAUGCCUUCUUUGAGGGAUCAACUCAUCCACUUGUAGAUGGCUCCAACGUGUACUACAAUGCUUUCGACGGCAAUUUCGACACGUUGAUUUCUGCUCUGGGUAAACUCGGCUAUGGGCAACUACCCAUUGCAAUUGGCGAGGUGGGUUGGCCGACUCAGGGAGCACCAAGUGCAAACUUGACUGCAGCAAGGGCAUUCAACCAAGGACUCAUCAACCGUAUCAUGAGCAACAAAGGGACUCCUCUCCGCCCUGGUGUACCCCCGUCUGAUGUCUAUCUUUUUGGCCUUCUUGAUGAGGAGCAGAAGAGUGUACUACCUGGAAACUUUGAGCGACACUGGGGGAUCUUUUCAUUUGAUGGACAGGCCAAGUACCCGUUAAACCUUGGGUUAGGCAACCCAGUUCUGAGGAAUGCUAAAGAGGUGCCCUAUCUUCCGUCGCGGUGGUGCGUCGCGAACCCGGCUCAGAGCCUGGACAAGGCGUCAACUCACUUGAAGCUUGCUUGCGACAUGGCGGAUUGCACCACUCUCUACUACGGAGGGUCGUGCAACGGCAUCGGGGAGAAGGGCAACGUUUCCUUUGCUUUCAACAGCUACUACCAGAUGCAGAAGCAGGAUGCCAAGAGCUGUGACUUUGAUGGGCAUGGGAUGAUAACUUUCCUUGAUCCAUCCAUGGGUGAAUGCCGCUUUCUUGUUGGCAUCGAUGAUAGCAAGAGCUCUGCGGCCGCCUCUUGCGGCCAUUGCUGCGGGGUCUUGUGUGGGAUGAACAAGCCUGUGCAUCAUUUUUUUCAGCCUGCGGAUGGCGGUGGAGCGGGCGGGCAGCAGUUGUUGCCGCAGCAGGCGUGGCCGCAGGUCCUCGUCGGAUGCUGCACGAUCCAGCAGCACUGGCACAGAGAGAAGAGCUGA